AUGGGCAGCAUCUUUGCAGACUUCCAGCAGGCCCAGAGGGUCGGGAAUGGCCGCCUCCUAGCCUCCUGCCUUGCUCCCAUAGACACUGCUCAAGACCCUCAUCGACUAAUAUCGUUUGCCCAGCUAUCGAAUUAUCAGACGAUUUCCUCGGACGUGCGCUAUUAUCUGAUACAGGCUCCUAAUGCAGUGGGAUUAUCGAAAGCUGAAGCUAAUGCGUGGGUCGAUAUCUUCGUCGCACUCUGGAAAACCGUGAAGGAACUCGUCGGACUACGGCAAGGCAACGGUACGGGGGAUUGGGUACGGGCUUUUGACUCCUACAAGGAAUUAUGCAACCUCCUGGUCAGAGGCUACACCAAUUUUGGCUUCCAGUCAUGGACCGUCCCCUGCCUAUACGUUGCAGGCAAGUAUAUCCGCAUAAUAGCUAUGAAGGCGGACAGUGAGGUCAAGCCCAAGGACGCCAACGGGAGUGCCUUUACAAAUGGCUUUUCGGACGACAUCAUGGGCGAUGUGAACAAGCACGAGAAACUCGAGCAGGCAGCCUGGACCAUCAACCGCAUGUUCACGGUGUGCUUGAGCGACCGGUCUGAACUGGCCGAGUCCCGCAAAUGGGGCAUCUACAGCACCACCAACCUUCUGUUCAAGACAUACUUCAGACUCAACUCCAUUUCACUGACCAGGAAUGUCAUCCGUGCCCUGGAAGCUGCGUCAGCCGACCUGCCUCCCCUGGAGCUUUUCCCUAAGUCUCACCGGUGCACAUUCAAAUACUACAGAGGAGUCAUCGACUUCCUGCAGGAGAACUACACUGAAGCGGAGCAGCACCUGACCGAGGCACUCAAUCUAUGCCACAAAGACUCACUCAAAAACAGGGAACAGAUCCUGACCUAUCUCAUCCCGGCUCAUGUCGUAAACCACCAUCAGCUGCCUAGCCACGCCUUGCUGUCGCCGCAUCCAACCCUUUCCGGUUUAUUCACACCAUUAUUCAACGCUGUUCGUGCUGGGUCCCUAGUAGCCUUCGAUGAAGCUCUCACGUCCGCCGAACCGGAACUGGUCAAGCGCCGCGUCUAUCUUACCCUGGAGCGGACCCGAGACAUCUGCCUGCGCAAUCUAUUCCGCAAGGUCUUUUUGGCCGCAGGCUGGGAGGAAACUAAAGACUCGACGACUGGGGAAGUAACGGGCAAGAUUCGCCGGACGAGAAUUCGUAUCGAGGAAUUCGAAGCGGCAAUGCGCGUAGGCUACAAAGGCGCCACGGAUGUCAUGAUGGAGAGGGACGAGGUAGAGUGUUUCCUGGCCAACAUGGUUUAUAAGAACUUGAUGAAAGGUUACAUCGCUCGUGACAGAGGCAUUGUUGUCCUCAGUAAGGCCGGCGCCUUCCCUGGUACAGGUGUCUGA